UUGAUACCCACAGAGGGUGAGGCGGCGAGUGAUUGGUGGCAAGCUAGUAAACGCUUUUUUGAUGGGGUUGAUGACGAGGAUUCCCCAGCAUUUCAGGUUCAAGGUUCUGAUCCACCCCAGCACUGAGAUGUAUCACCACCUUCUCAACAUAAUCGUCAACCCAAUUCUCCACCAUCAUCUUUUCUUCACCGUGAUCAACCCAAUUCUCCACCAUCAUCAUCUCCCACAAGACCAGAAAAGAUGCCAUGCAUGCAUUAUCUUCCUCUCUCUCCACAAGGCAAUCAUGUGACAUCCACUGACCCCGAGAUACGUGCUUUGCGGGACGACUUACGAUCUUUACAGAACGAGGUGAUUGCUUUACGACCAUUACGGGACGAGGUGCGUUCUUUGCGAGAGAAGGUUUGUGCUUUGGAGGCGAAUGUCACUGCUCUACAGUCGCUAGACGACGCGGAAAUGGAUGACAUUUGCUAUUCUGAGCCAGACCAGCCAUCUGCAUUCGUUGUUCGUUCUGUAAGACAGGGUUUACGCCCCAAACAUGUUGGACAACAAUUAAGAUCUCCAUACACGACAAGACAUUUCAGACGACGCCACAAGAAAAAGGAAGCUCCUAAUGAUGAGUACCAUGUUAAAUGUGGUGAGCCAAAACCCAUUCCUACUUCUCAGGCACCUCCCGUUCCACAGGCACCUCCCGUUCCACAGGCACCUGUUAUUCAACUAGGAGUUAUUUGUCGAUUGCCCAGAGAGUAUAGAGAUACUAGUUACAUUCAAAAAAUAGAUUGGGCCACAUAUCAGUUACCCAAAAGUACCAUUAGUAUGGAUGAUCGGUUCAAAUUGGUAGAGACAAUUGAGGAUAACUCCCUUUGGGCAAGAACUCCAGUCGAAUUUUAUCUACAUGAGCGGGGCCAAGGAUGUUAUGUUGACUCUUCUCAACACCGUCUACGCCAUAUUCGUCUUGAUCGUAAAUGGUGGGGUAUUUUAUUAGGGGUAGAAGAAUGUGGUUAUCUCGAGACAAGUCAUAUCGAUGUAUGGAGAACUCGAGUUUUGAUUGGGAGGAGCAAAACAAGGCUGAGAUCAAUGCAAAUGAAUGAUGGUGAAGAACGGAAAGAGCUUGAAUCAAAAAUACGUUGGACUAUCAUGCCUCCAUCCUUUAUGGAUUGUGAGUUAUAUGUUGGGACACCAGAGUCAUAUAUUCUCGCUGAUGGCUAUUGUUCGCUUCAUGCUGCAUGGUGGAUAGUUGAUAAGGUGUUUAUCCCCAUGUGUGCAAAACACCAUUGGUUUCUUAUUGAGCUACAACUUCCGUCGUUUAAGGUGAUAGUCUAUAAUAGCUUCAAUUGAUACUAUAAGGAUAAGGAAUUGGACGGACUAAUAGUGCCAAAAUUGAGUAAACAUCUACCAAAGUACUUGAAUAACAUCCGUUAUUGGAAGAAUUUAGGAAUUAAAGAGCCAAAAAAGAUAUCGAUUACCAUCUAUAAAGACGAGAGUGUGCCUCAACAUGCUAAGGAUAAAGGGGACUGUGGUGUAUUCGUUUGCAUGUUUUUGGAGCAGAUUUGUCUUAGAUACGAGAAACCUAAACUCAAGUGUGGUAUGACGAGUGCUUUAGGAGGGUUGGCUUACCGUCAUUACAUGGCAGCUGCCAUAUAUGUCGCGCGUCUUCUACCAGCGGAUUAUAAAGAUGCAUAAUGUCUUCUAUUGCAGGAUUGGCCUUGUCUUGAAUGGUUACUAUGCUUCCAUUGCAUAAUGUCUUCUAUGUACAUUUUGUCGUCAUUUUAGUUGUUUGUAUGUAGUUGAUGAUCUGAUCUUUAGCUAAGCUUUAAUAUAUAUGAGACAGGCUAGCUUAGUUGUAUUUGGGCUGUUUGAAAUGUUUCACCAGUUUUUGGGCUGUUUUUAGUUGUAUUUCAGCAAGUUUGAAAUGUUUGCAGCAGGUUUUCAGCAGAUUUUUU